UAAAACAAAAAAAACCCUCUCUCUCUCUCCUCCACAUCCAUUCUCUCUCCUCUUUUUUUUUUCUCGAUCUAUCUUUCGCUGAGUUUUUCCGUCGCCGGAUUUUUUCUCCGGCGAUUUAUACUCUAUUCCGGUCACCGGAGAUUCGAUUCGUCGGUGUUUUUUCGGCUCAUAUUGUUAUUGCAACGCUGCGUUUUGUUGUUCAUUGUUGUUGUGUUUUUUUUUCGAAAUUAGGGUUUCAGUCAACUUCAAAUCGAUUUUCGAGAUUCGCCUUGCUCGGAGGAUAGAGAUUCGAAGGUUUUGUAAUGUGCGAAUGUUGUUUAUUUGUUAGCAGCAUUUGUUGAUUUGAGAAAAAAAAAUUAGGGUUUGGGAAGAGAAAAAAGGGUUUUUGUGAAAGUUGAAGAAAUAGGGAAAAUGCCGAGAAGUUCGCGACAUAAAUCUAGCAAACAUAGUUCGAGGGAAGUUAGGGAUUACUCUGAUUCAGAGAAAGAAUCUGGCUUGAAGGAGAAGAAGGGGAGAGAUGAUGGUGGAAGUAAUAGUAGUAGUAGGCAUUUGAAGGAAUCGAUUUCGGGUGAGAAGCGGAAGAUUGAUUCGAAAUCGGUGGAUAGUAGUGUGAAGGAUUUGAGUGGUGGUAUUGUCAAUGUUGAUUAUGUGGAUGAGUAUGUUGCUUCUUCUUCGUCGUCGAAGAAGCGGAAAGAGAAGGAAGAUGAUGACCGUUGGACUGGAGGUGAUAACAACGAGCAUGAUUUGUCGAAGAGUGAUUCGAAGAGGUCGAGUAGAAGAGAUGAGAGCUUAGCGGCGGGUUUCGAUGGGGAAGAAGGUAAGAGAAGUGGGAGUAAGGUUGAAUCAAAGCACCAUAGGUCUGAAAGGAAAGAGAGGAGUGAGAAAGAAGGAGUUUCGGACCGCGAUAAGAAGAGUAGUAAAAGUGAGAGAUUAAUUGAUGUUGUUACAGGGAAUGAAAAUGUAGGUAAUGAAGGGAACAGAAAACAGGGAAAUGGAGAGGAUCGUGGAGGAAAGCAUGGUGUUGGUAAUACUGUCUAUAACAUACAAGAGGAGGUUCGUAAGCCUGAAGCAGAGAAAGAUCUUGAUAGACGAGUUAGAAGGAAAAGAGAUGGUUCCGGCGACGGGGACAAGCAUCAGGAUGCUGCCCGAGAACUGGAUGAUCGAAAGUUAUCUUCAAGGGAUGAUAUUAUGAGGUCAGGAAAACACAAGGAUGAAGGCCAUAAGGAUGAGAGAAUAAGAGAUAGAUACCAAGAUGAUGUAGACAGGGAUAAUCGAGUUUCAAGGGAGAAUACCAGUGGCAGGUCUGAGGAUAAGCAUCUAAAGAAUGAGAAAAAGGAUUUGGAUGUAUCUGAAAAGAAAUCUAAGGCCCAUGGUAGCGAACAUGACCGAGAGCCAGAACGAGAGCGGGAUCGUGAUCGAGACCGUGAUCAUGAGCGGGAUAGAGUCAGGGAUCGUGACCGAGACCGAGAACGAGACCGUCCCCGUCAUGACCGUGAACGUGACCGGGAUCACGAUGACCGGGACCAUGACCUUGAUCGUGAUAGGGAUCGAGAUCGGGACCUUGAACGUGUCUAUGAGCGAGAUCGUGAAUUUGACCGGGACAGGGAACGUGGUCGUGAUCGUGAUCGAUAUCAGCGUGAACGUGAUAGAGAGCGAAUUCGUGAUCGUGAUCAUAACCAUGAUCGAGGUCGUGAACGGGAUUAUGAUCAUGAAUAUGGCACUCAUGUUGAUGACAAAGGUUCUAGGUACAAGGAUGAUAGAGGAAGGAGAAGAUCUCCAGAUGGAUAUGAUGAGUUUCAUGGUGAUAAAUCUAGAAGAUUAGAGUCAGAGGCUGACAAGGAUCGAUCUUUAUCACGAAAAGCUAACGUAGACAGUGUAACAAGCAGCAGUCGUCGUAGGGCCUCACCGAGCUCCAGGGCUUAUGUUAGUACAGAUAAAUACAGAGAUGGUAUCCAAGAUGAGACCAAGUAUGGAGAUUCCAUGAGAGAAGGCACUACAUCUGAGACAUUCGAUAAAGUUCCCAAGUACCGGUCUGGGGAUAAGCGCACCAAGUUUGAUGAGAAUCACAUUGGAGAAUUGUCUGAAAGAUCUCCGAGUGCCAAAGCAUCCCCUGCAGGUUUGAAGGAAAGAUCUCCUUCAACUAGUGUUGAUCGUAGAUUUCAGAAUAGAACUACCAGGAGAAGGAGCCUUGAUGUUGAUGAGGCUGAGAGGAGGAGUAGUGGUUCCAAUGACAUAAGAGAUGUUUCUGUUAAUGAGGAACGUCAGGGUAGAGAUUUUUCUGCAAAAAAGCCUACAGUGGAGGAGUAUCCUCCUGCAGAUUCUCCCUUUCACCAUAAAUCCAGUCAGGGUAAUAUUUCUUCUCAUGUUCCUGGUCCAUCUGGGUACAGGACUGGAGCUGACAGCCCAUCUUUUAUGGGAUCAUUAGGAGAAGACGCUAGAGGUCACUCAGGAAGUCGUUACAGGAGAAGUGUUGAUAAUAAUGUAGGAAGAGGGCCUGGAAAUGCUUGGAAAGGUGCUCCUAACUGGCCUUCACCAUUACCUAAUGGCUUCUUGCCCUUCCCACCUGGUCCUCCUGGGCCACAUCAUGGGGGGUUUCCACCGAUGCUCUCUCAAUUUCCCAUGUUUAGGCCUUCUUUGGACAUGAACCACCCCGGGAUGCCUUAUCAUAUGCCUGAUGCGGACCGCUUUUCUGGUCAUGUACGACCUAUAGGAUGGCAGAACAUGAUUGAUGGACCCGUUCCUCCUCAUUUCCAUGGAUGGGAUGCAAGUAACGGUGUCCUCAGGGAAGAAUCUGCCAUGUAUGGGCCUGGGCAUCUAGCCAAUGCUCAAAGAAGGGACAUGAAUGCUGAUAUGUGGAAACUAAAUGGUGAUAUGAAUAUGGAUGUGACCUCUAUGUCUCAGAAAGACAGUCAUAUGGUUAAAGCAUCUAUGGAAGAAGCUUCUUCUGCACAGGGUCCUUCAAGGCCUCCUGCUGAAAGUAGUUGCCUUGAUGAGGGGACAAGUCCUAAGAUGAAUACGUCAAGUGGUCCAUCAUUAACAAAGGAAAUUCCGGUGACUCCGGCUAAGGGGACUACUGAGAAGACUCCUGAUUCAUCUAGUGUUGAUGAUUCUGCACAUUCAGUGCGUGCUUAUCUUGCUAAGCUUGAUAUAUCAAUAGAUAUGGCGGAUCCAGAAUUGUAUAAUCAGUUCAUUAACCUUGCUGAUAAGGGACAGUCUGAAUUUCUUGAAGAAUCAGAUGCUGAACGUAUGGAGGAGAAGGCACUUGAUGAGUCGGAUAUUGUUAAUGUGACUAUGGGCUGGACAUUUUUCCCUGCUGUCAAAGAUUCCAUAUUUCAGAAUGCAAUGGAUCUAUACAAAGCACAGAGCACUAAUAGAAGACCGUCUUUCAUACCUAAUGGGGAGAAUUUGCAUAGCCCAUCGGCUUCCGAGGUUGAGGUAGAAGAGAUUUCUGUUGUGGAGGAGAAAGUAGACCGUCUUAUUGAUUGUAGUGUCAAAAAAGAAGAGUUAAGUUCGGUGGUUCCAGAAAUCGAUUCCACCACGCCUAUGAUGAAAGUAGAAGAGCCUGUUUCUUUAAUCGGCGAUGAAGAGUUAAACAGUGGACCCUUGCGGAGUGCUGAGAUGGUCCUUGAUCUCAGUGAUCAAGCACCCGUCCUUGUGGUGGAGAAAAUGGACGAAGAUAGUAUUGUUGACAAGGGACUCUUGUCUGUUGAGACUAAUUGCUCUGAUGCCAUUGAAUUGAACACCGACAGAGAGAUUGUUGGUAAUGGUGGUAAGAGAGGCAGUGCUGAGUCCGCUUCUGAUGAGCAAUUGGAUGUUUCUGUAAGUGGUCCUUUAGUUUUGUCCAAUGAUUCUGUUAAAGUUUGUGAGACAUUAAUCUCGGUGUCGAAUGAGUCGGAUUCGGUAAUUUUGAGUCGGAUACAUCAUGCUUCUGAAAGUACACAUUGAAACAAUUUUUUUUUUGCUAUAUUUUUAUGUUGCGUUUCAUUCUGAGCAAUUUUCAGUUUAUCCAUCUUUUCAUAUUUCUCUUGAUAAAGAGAGUGUUAUCGAAGGAAUAAAAUCAAAAUCAAAAUGCA